AUGGCCACGCUUGUACGGUCGCAAACGCCCGUACAAGAUACGUAUGGCGCUAUUUCACAGCCCCAGGAUACUCUCAUGCCGAGUCGGGGCUAUUCUGUACGUUCAGGCUCCCGGCCUAACUCCUUCGCCGCCAGUAGUUCCGGUUACAACGUUGCCCACGGUGCUGUCGUCGAGCCCUCGCCGUUAGGCCAUUACGGUCGCUUUCAAGAGGAAUUUGAUAUCGCCAGCUCGCGCGGUUCGAUCGAUGGUCCUUCAGGUAUGCAACGGUCCGCGUCUCAGAUGUCGCAUUCGCGUUCCGCAACUCCAACUCGUGCCGGCACUUUGAAGAAAAAGUCGUCCCUGAGCAAGAGAGGCAGUAUGCGUCGCAGUGGAAGUCGCAGGAGCUUGCGCGCCGGUAGUGUGCGAAGUUUGGUACUAGGAGAUAAGGAUAAGUAUGCGGCUGGUGGCGAGGAGGACGUGAAUAGCGCGUUUUACGUUCCUGUUCCGACGGGUGGAAACCCGACAGAGGUUCUGGCAACCCGCUUUCAAUCCUGGCGCAAGAUCCUCAAAGAUCUAAUCGUCUUUUUUAAGGAGCUCCAGAAGUCUUAUGAAACUCGAGCCAAACUAUACCUGUCGACAUCAAAUAUUAUCAACAAUACUUCGCUUCCUCCAACAUUCAUCAAGUCCGGCGGGCUCGGAGACGCAACCGGAAUUCUGAGGGAUUUCCACCGGCAGGGAUACCUGGAAGCGAACAAGGCUGCGGAGAUCGAAAGCGAAGUAGUCAAUCAACUGAUGGGGCUUCGCAACGACCUCCAGAAAAAAACCAAAGAAAUCAGAGCUCUGUCAGGAGAUUUCCGCAACUCGGUGGAUAAAGAAGUUGAAACGACGCGCAAGUCGGUUCGACAUCUGCACGAAGCCCUAGGCCUCGUGGACACUGACCCCGCCGCGACUUCUGGGAAAGGCGAUCCAUUCAUCAUCCGUUUGAGUGUGGACAAGCAGAUCGAAAAGCAGCUUGAGGAGGAGAAUUAUUUGCACAGAGCAUAUCUGAACUUGGAAAAUUCGGGACGGGAACUCGAGUCCAUCGUGGUUAGUGAAAUCCAAAAGGCGUACAACGCCUAUGCCAGCAUUCUGAAAAGAGAGGCGGAGGAAACCCUUGAUACCGCCGAAAAGCUCCGCGUUGGCCCCAUUGCAAUGCCACACGACCAUGAAUGGAACUCUUUCAUUGCCAACACGGACGAUUUGGUGGAUCCGCGCGUCCCUCUUCGUGACAUCGAGAACAUCACCUAUCCUGGAAGGGAUCAUCCCGCUGCGGCAGAAGUUAGGUCGGGAAUGCUGGAGCGCAAGAGCAAAUAUCUUAAGAGCUAUACACCGGGAUGGUACGUCUUGUCACCGACUCACCUGCAUGAGUUCAAGUCGGCCGACCGAGUUGCUUGGCAGACGCCAGUGAUGUCAUUGUACCUCCCGGAGCAGAAGCUUGGAUCCCAUUCGCAGCCCGAUUCAACGUCGCACAAGUUUAUGUUGAAAGGGCGGCAGACGGGAACCAUGCACCGCGGCCACUCAUGGGUCUUCAGAGCGGAGUCUUACGAGACCAUGAUGACCUGGUACAAAGACAUCGAAAGCCUCAUCUCCAAGACAGGAGAGGCCCGAAAUGCGUACGUCAGACGACAUGUACGCAGCGUGAGCGGUACGAGCUUCCGGACAAUGUCAGGAAGCAGCGAUGGAGUCAUGGAUGAAGACGAGGCUGACCGGACACCCUACUCCGCCGGGUCGGUAGUGAUGAGCCAAGAACGCCCAACAUCCCAACCCCGGCAACCUGGUGGCCGGUUCCCAAGUGAUGUCCAGAUCGACCGGCACUCGCAGGCCCCGCUAUCGCCUUCCAGUGGAGAAAGCCUUGGGGAAACAGACCUCCUAGCUGCGGGGUCGUCACCAGAAGGAGUGCCCUUUGGUGGCCAAAACUCCAUGUCCGAUCGAGAACUGGACUCAAGCUUGUUGAAUCAGAGCCAAGUGCAGCCCGUGGGCAAUCCCACUCGGUUCCCUAUUGACGGACACGACAGUUAUUACGGUGAAUGGAUGGGCACCGGUGCUGCAAGCCACCAACAACCCAUGGCCCACCAACCACCUACUUCCAUGGGCAACCGCGUCACCCCUGAUUCCAACAAGGACAAGACUGAACGUUCGCACUUUGUCGCUGGGGUAGGGUCGUCAGCUAUGUACCAGGACCAGUCUCAACAGAGAGAUCGCGGGGAAAGUGCAUCGACAGCGUUCACAAGCUCGAAUGUGACGGAUCACACCCACAAUACCAUCCCGACAUCUGUCGAUGAGAGUGUGGGAUCUGACCACAUAUCAACUGCAAAGCCAGCGCAGCCAAUUCUUUUGGCCAGCGCUAUCCCCCGAUCAGCACCUUCCGAGACAUCCCCACCAAACACCAUGGGUCGGCCAUCACUCGAGAAGAUCCCUAAACGCCCUACAGCCCAGUCCAAGAACAGUUUAUCCACGAUUGAAUUGCGGAUUCCCGGCAACUAUCCGCAUGCGGCUGCCUAA